GAAAUUUCCAUGGUGUGACGGAAACAUGGAAAGGCUAGCAACAGAGACGGAAUGAGAAUUAGAGGAAAGUUCAGAAUUUUAACAUAAUAGAGGAGAGGCACGGCCACACACAUCGUUUCAGAGAGGAAGAGCUACCUUCACCAUUCCUCGCACUCUCUUUUGAUCAUAUCCCUCAUCCUCUUCCUCGCCCAAUUCGCAGCUGGUUUCUCAUCCAUUUUCUGCAAUCUGAUAGUUAUUAGUUAUUCGUGGAGGAGGCCGGAUAUUGAGCCUGGACUAGUUCGAGUUGUUUGAUCUGUUUUCAGCUGUAUUGGGUCCUAGGACGAGGUGAUGGAAGAGAGCCGAGUGUGCCAGGGGAGCGUGAUUAGAUCCCUUCUGUCAAUUCUUCAAUGGUGGGCUUUCAAUGUGACUGUAAUUAUCAUGAAUAAGUGGAUCUUCCAGAAAUUGGACUUCAAGUUUCCACUUACAGUAUCCUGUGUCCACUUCAUCUGCUCAGCAAUGGGAGGACACGUGGUGAUUAAGGUGCUGAAACUAAAACCCCUGAUAAGUGUUGACCCGGAAGAUCGUUGGAGAAGAAUCUUUCCAAUGUCCUUUGUGUUCUGUAUAAACAUAGUGUUGGGGAAUGUGAGCUUAAGAUACAUUCCAGUUUCUUUUAUGCAGACAAUAAAGUCAUUCACACCUGCAACCACCGUUGUUUUGCAAUGGCUUGUUUGGAGAAAACAAUUUGAUUGGCGUAUUUGGGCUUCUCUUGUACCCAUUGUCGGUGGGAUCCUUCUCACAUCCAUCACAGAGCUUAGUUUUAAUAUGUUCGGAUUUUGUGCUGCAUUAUUUGGCUGUUUGGCAACAUCUACAAAGACCAUUCUUGCGGAGUCUCUUCUACAUGGGUACAAGUUUGACAGCAUAAACACAGUUUAUUACAUGGCACCUUCUGCAACCAUGAUCAUGGCACUACCAGCAAUGUUAGUUGAAGGCAAUGGAGUUCUCGAUUGGUUUAAUACUCAUCCUUAUCCUUGGUCGGCCCUUACCAUUAUUUUAGGCUCGGGGGUUUUGGCUUUCUGCCUUAACUUUUCGAUCUUUUAUGUAAUUCACUCCACAACUGCUGUCACGUUCAAUGUUGCCGGAAACCUCAAGGUUGCAGUCGCAGUCCUUGCUUCCUGGCUGAUAUUUAAGAACCCAAUUUCGGCUUCAAAUGCUUUUGGAUGUGCCGUGACUCUUGUUGGAUGUACUUUCUAUGGCUACGUCAGGCAAAUGCUGUCCCGGCAACCCCCACCAGUUCCUGGAACACCCCGAACCCCGCGAACUCCUAGGACGAAGAUGGAGCUGCUUCCUCUUGUAAAUGAUAAAUUAGAUGACAAGGUCUGAUUUACAUGCUUUGUGAAACUUCUCUGCCGUUUGCCUCGCGGCAGUAGAUUAAUAUUUUUCACCUUUACAGUUAUUUGUUCCAUUAGAUCACUCACAACACAUAAUAUUUUUCCUUAGAUCUCCAUCUUUGUUUUCCGGCUUCUCUAUUCACUCAAGUUCUUCUCUUCAUAAGGAUUCUCCUUUUUUGGGCUCUAUUUAACGGUGAACAGGGUUUGAACCUGUAGGCCCAUGGUUGAUUCAUAAUAGCAUGUAAUUUCUGUUAGUUGUAAUUAUCAUUCGGUGAAGUUUACAA